UCCUCUGCAUCAACCCUGCAUCGCUUUCAUCGCAUUGAGGCUCUCCAGCAUUUACCCAGCCCAGAGGAAGCAGUCAGGCUCCUCACUAAAAUCGCCAACGAUCCAGCCAUUCUCCACGUAAUGAAAUUGCACAAGUUCUCCGUCGGGCUUCUGACAGAGUUAGCGCCGCAUGAACAUCCUAAUCUUCUGGGAUUGAAUGAGAACGCAGGUCAGAGUGUCAAGUUGCGAAUACGAACUGACAGUUAUGAUGGGUUCCGACUCUACUCAGAAAUACGCAGAGUCCUAUUGCACGAGCUCACUCAUAAUGUAUGGGGCGACCACGACGAUAAUUUCAAGACACUUAACUCUCUGCUCAAUCGUGAGAUGGUAGAGUUUGAAACUGCUGCUCGAGAAGGGACGCAUACCCUAGGUCCCGGCCCAGUGUAUGAGCCUGAAUCGGUGGUGCCGAAUCGGGGAGGCCUUGUGGGCGGCACAAACGUCCUCGGGGGAAACGAAGGCAGCGGCCACCUCACUAUCGAGGAGCGAAGACGACGGGCUGUAGAAGCCGCCAUGAGGCGAUUCAAUGAGCAAGAACAAGAGAUUGAGGAUAAAUGUGCCACAUUCUAAAUCUUCCUCGCAGCAUAGAUGAUUGUUUACCGAUGGCUGUUAGACUUUGUGACGCCUUCUUGGUUACUUGUUGUGGACUCGGUGUGCCUUCAGGAUCGUAUCAUUGUAGUCCAUUGCUAUUCAGUGUGUCAUCGCAACCACGAGAGCUUGUUGAUAUGACAUUCCGAUGCC